ACCUACCCGCACCCGCCAUCAACAUCCACCACCACCACCGCUCGCCAGCUCGCUUCUCUAUUAUCAUCAAUCCGACAUGCAUACACACAGCCAUACAUACAUACACACAUGUAUUGUGUGUGACGUUGUUGUUUUUUGUACAACUACUGCUGCUGCUCUUAUUGUUGUUGUUUUUGUACCCCCACCAACCACAACACAACCGUGGCAGAGUAGGUAUUGCUUUGCUUGUUUGCUGCUGCUGUUGCCAUCGCUUGCUGCUAUUUGCCAUCAUCAGUUGCCGUCAGUCUGUUGUUUGCGUUCAGCCCGAGUGUUGGCAAUCAGUUUUUAGCACGGCUCUUCGGUCUUCUUACUUUGCUUCGCCUUUCUUGCUCUUGUUGUGUGCAUAGUAUUUGAAAAAAGUGUUCGAUAAUCGCCAUAAAAGAAGAAAGUGAAAUACUAAAUUGGAAAUUAAAAAAAAAAUUAACAAAAUCAAGUGUCAUCACUGAAAAGAAAAACACAAAGGGGUCUUUGGAACAACACAAACCUCCCCCUCCCUGUUUUCCCCACUCACUCUCAGUUCACCACCAAAAAAAACAAAAACCGCAACCAUUAAGCCCAACACGAACAAAUUAAGGAACAGCAGCAGCACCAGCACCACCAUGUUGGAAAAUAAACCGGAAAAUUAUAAUGUAAAUGCCAAAAUUUGUCGCCUGGUGGAGCAAUAUCCCUGCAUGUAUGAUCGUUCCCAUCCCAGCUAUUUGAAGAAAGAUGUUGUCGAUCUGGCAUGGAUAGCGAUUUCAAAAGAAAUGAAUGAUUCAAUUUCCUCGUGCAAAGAACGUUGGCGCAACAUACGCACCUCUUACGCCCGCUCCAUCAAUGUCAAUAAAGUACCUGCUAGUGCUAAUCGCACUAAACCCUAUUAUUUGCAUGAAGAGUUACAAUUUCUAUCGCGACACAUUACACCGGGUAUACCUGUCUCGAGACGUUCCGUAUCCAAUUCUUAUCACACCUCACCGCGCAGUGAAAAAGGUGAACACAUAGAAGUGGCAUUGGGCGAGGAGUCCAUUGAUAGUUAUGCCGCCGCCAUGAUGGAUUAUGAAGAUAAAUCUCAAGAUCGUGAAGAACGUAGCAGUAGUGUUGUUAGUGAGUCAGCAUCGAAAAAUACCCCAGAAAAUGAUACAGAACCAGCGGAGGUGUCUGUGACGGAGGCAAACGGAACAACACAACAGCAAUUACAAUCCUCACAAAUUGAGGAGAAAGCCACCUCAACAACAGCCCCAGUCAGUGGCGACGAAUUUGUACCACCACCCAUGGUACAAAUCGAGGAGGAUCAGUUGGACAUAACACAAGAAGAGCGAAGGGAUUCCAUUAACUUUGCCUGUGCUCCACCCAAGAAACGUUUGAGAGUUGCAAAUAGCGCCUAUGGUAUUGAUAAUUACACUUACACAGAUGUUAAGCCCGUUGAAAUAGUUCCACCCCAUGAUUAUGAUAACAUUUUCCUGCAAGGUCUCCUGCCCGAAAUGAAAGCCAUGGAUUUCCGCCAAAAAAUCAUUUUCAAACGACGCAUCUAUGAAGUUUUAUCAGAGAUUUUCGAUAACUCCUCAAGUCAAGCGACAUCUACGACAACCAAUAACUCUUACCACCAUGGACAGCAUGCUAAUCAAUCCUCACCCAUUGCCAUGGUCAAUUCCUCAGAUCUAAAUAUGUUGAGACGUUUAAAUAAUUUACUACAAGAUCCCUCAUCGGCAAGUACAACACAGACAACCCAGCCGUUAACACCACGUUGUGUAAAUAUAUCCUCAGCCGUUUUGGCCUCUCCCAAUACUCCAGCGUCCAUAUCGGUACCCAUUGCUAAAAUUGGUGCCACAACUAGAUCAUCGGCUGCCAGUGUAACUCGUUUACGUAUGGUCAAUGGAGUGACAGCACAAACGGCUGUCAAAGAGGAGCCGGACACAAAUUGAGGUUAUCUUUUGGUCCGUAGUGUAGGGAAUCGGUAUCCAUUGUAGCUAGGUAGUUGUAGAAAAUUUUAGUAUUAGCAUAUAAAGACGUUUUUAUAUGUAUGUAAUUUUGUGUGUUUUUAGUAUGAAUUUCAAUGUAAAUAUUUGUAAAAUUUAUUUAUUAAGAGAAUUAUUGAGGUUUUACCGUAUAUGCCCCCAUGUACAUUUAUUGAGAUUACAUAGAUCUUGAAACUCUAUUUGUAUCUUAAAAUCAAAGUUAUAAUUAAAAAAUUUCGGAAAUGUUUUUAAGGAAAAUUUUGUAUUUAUGAAGUGAAAAUGGGGCGUUAAUUAAAUUGUCCAAAAUCCUAAAAUCAAACAUUAUUAUUAAUGUAUGUUUUCUAUGUAAUAUUAUAUAUAAAAUAUCCAUAUACAUCUGCAGUCAUUAGUUUUGUAAUGAUUUUUAAAUAAAAUUAGAAGGAAAUCUGUAAUAUACAAA